CGUGUUGCUGCACCCAUGUCGUGACCCACUCCUCCGAAAUCCUUGCACGUCCAUUUCAUCCGGAUUAUUGCCCAAGGUUACCUUGCUUGGAGAUAGAACGCCAGCAAAAGCUGGAUGCUUCCUACGCAGACGCCGCUCUUCUUCUCUUGUGGUAUUAUACAUGUCCACCAGCAGCAACAACGGUGUCCCAAUAAUGGUAAUAGAUGUAGUGGAAACAUGGGGAAGGUUGUCAUUAAAGCAGCAGAUUCAGCUGGGCUUCAAAUUCUUUCUAUAUCAUUUGGCUCGGAAGAGGAGUCUGGACAUGUUGUAGAGGUUUGUGGCAGAAGUAUUGAGAUUCAUGGCCCUUCCACACGAGAGGUUGCGCUUGCCACUGCCUACAACGAACAUCCAAAUAUGAUUGUCGUCGCCUUCAGGGAGGUGGCCGACAAGCCAGUCGCUGGAGACGACGCCGUGGUGGGCGGCGCGGGUCUGGUAGCAAGCGAAGAUUUUGUCGGUGAGGGGAUUAGGGCGGCCGCUCCAUUCCCAAUUAAUUAUCCCCGCGUAGCCAAGUAGAUGGGCUUUGGACGUGGGGUUUGGGGAAGGGUUGAGGCGGCUCUGCCCUCUUGGACAAAUUAUUUUUAUAUUGUUUUUCCUUUUAUUUUUAAUAAUAAUAAUAUAGUUUA